AUGUCGGCGCCCACGAGGAUACGAAUAGCCGGUGGUGUGGUGGGCAAACAACAACCAUCACAAUGUCGAUCCUACUUCCUCUCCAACCGGCCACCAACAAACUCGCCGGCGCAACGACAACCGACUUCAACACAGUCAACGACUAAAUCACCAACAAAAGCCGCCAGCGCAUCAUCGUCACCCGCAUCCGUCGCAAACACCACCACCAACAAGCGCUCAACAUCCACCCUCCCGGAAACGAAACCGCGCAACCUUCCCGAAACCUGGUUCAACCCCAACAACGUCCAGAUCCCCGCGAAAACAGAAUCCAGCAACGAUGAGAUCCGACCUCCAGAUGGUCCCGGCGGGCUGAACAAGCCCCCAGACGAGCGCAAAGUCAAGCUAGGCAAAACCCUCCGAAUCCUCCAAGCCCAUCUCCCCACCAUCCUCCAAUCCCCCCUCCCCACCUCCAUCCUUUCCCCCCAAAUCUCCCUACACCUCUUCCCCUCCACGCACCCUUACCUCCCAACCGUCACCGGCCGCGUCGCCUACAUCGCCGCCCUAUGGACCGCCCCGCUAGCCUGGAACCGUCUCCCGAUAAUCGGCAACGUCCGCCUCGAGAUCCUGUCCGAACGCAUGGUCGACCGCCCCAUCUAUAGUCCCCCGUCGCAGAACCGGCGCAUUGGCGCUUUUGGCGAGCAGUUGAUUGUGCGCUGGCGGACCAUCGGCAAGAGCAAAAAUUGGGGGUUGAGUUUCAUCAAUGGCAGCGAAGGAGGUGACGCGAAGGGGGUUAGGGAGACGGAAAAGGGAACGACGGAGUAUAAAGCGCCGGUAGGCGAUGCGGAGCCUUCGGCGGGGAGGGAUAAUAAGAAGUCGGAGUUUACGGGGCUGUUUAUCUUUGAGUUUGAUGAGGAGGGGAGGAUAUUGAGCCAUACGAUUGAGCAUGCGCAGCAGGAUGGGGAGGUUGAGAAGGGGGUGGGUGCUACGGUGGUUGGGUUGACGGAUUGGUUGUUGGGCGGGAUGAAGGGGGCGAGGGAAGGGGAGGGGGGAACUUGUCCGGCUUUUACGGGAAGGCAGGGUGAGGGAGCUGGUGGUGAGGUGAGGUGA